UUAUUGGUGCUGAGCUAUCCACACUCGAGACUGCAGCCGAUCCCUUCCUCUCAAUAUGCUGACCCCCAGAGUAUAGCGAGAUCCGAUAGGCCGUCUAGGGAGACCUUUGUUGCGCCCCUUCUUGCUUCUCGUGUCUUCUUUGCAAACAUCAUGGAUGACAAUGCUGGACUGCAUAGUGUCCAGUGGACAUAUCGUGGGGUGGCCUGCUUUGUCGCUCUGCUUAUCAUUCUCUUCUGGUUAGCUCCCUUUCCCGAGAUCACAGAUUCAGACCAGGAAGUACUGGAAACCCAGAUUGAACAUGAAAAGCAAUAUAAUAUGUUCUUCGGCAUCUGCUAUGUGGGAGCACAAGUGGCCGUCGCUGGUUAUUCAUUAACUUUUCCAAGGAAGCUGGCAAAACCUCUGCAGAGUCAUACAAGUUACAUGGAAAAGACCGUGUUGAAUUCUAACAGUUAUUUCCUAGCUGACUUUCUUACUAUUGCGCAACGCCUCUACGCUUUCAACCGUUUUAUAGAUACUGGCUUGAUGAUGAUGAAGGCUUCCAAGCUUCGGUGUAUGCCGGCAGCGUACUUAAUCCUCUGCUGCUGCGUCUUUUCAGCGGCCACCAUGACCACGAAGGGAUAUGCUUCAGUGGCCAUGGCCCAUGACUUUAUUCUUUCUCUCCGUGGCCUUGGCCAUCACACUAAGCGUGGUGGCUCUCUGCUUGUUGCAGCCAUCUCGGGUGGACUAAUGUAG